AUUGUUCAACUUAUGUGAGCAGCAAGAACCAAAGAUGACAAGAAUACGUAAUAUUUUAAAAUUUCGCUUACUUCAGACUCUGUCUUUCGUUACAAAAGUGCAAGUUGUAAGCCAGCGCUGGUUCGUCUGGUUGGAUCCGGUUUAAUCUGGUUUCCAACAGGUGCUCAUUAAAGGUAUUAAAGGCCUACAGAGACGCCACGGGACGCCAAUGUAGUGUCUGCUUCGAGUGCCUCCGCCUACGGGUCCGACAGUUCGUCAGUAUCGACCACGUACGCCACGUAUCGUCUCGAUCUAUUCGGUCAGAAUUUCUCACAUAUCAGCGCUCCGCGACCCUAUCCGUACGAGAACUUGUUCCUCAAGAACCACCUAGUUGACCUGGCAUUUGCUGCGCAAAAGCACCGAACCAUGAGCUUGGGACCUGGCCAGCGCCGGAAAACGCCAACUGCGCGUGUCAUGGGCUUCAACCUCACCCCAGAAGGGUGUCGUGAGCGAAGUGACAGGGGAGAGCCAGGUGCAGUACUUGGAGAACCAGGUUACUCAGCACUCCAAAAAUCGCUGCCCUCUAAGCUCCGAAAAGCUCGUGAUGAGUUGCACGCCAUGGAGAUGGACUGGAAGUCAAAGGAAACGGAGUUGACUUGCUACAAGGUCUCAUUGAAGGAGAAAGCAUCUCUUGUGAAAAGUCUCACAUGCGAGCUCAUUCAAGUGAAGAGCAGCAUGGAAGAACAGGAGCAACGUUGCAAGGCAGCUGAGAUAAGGGCUGCAAAACUGGAACUUGUGAUAAAAAAUAGCACUGUCGCUUUUCAAGAGGUGCUGAAAACACUAACAAAGUACGAAAAAAUGGAAGACAGACUGAUGGAGGAGAUAAGGCUGUUGGAAGACUGCGGCAAUAAGUUCCCAACUCUCCUGGCUGAUGCUAAGAAGAAAACGAAGCAGGUGUUGUCUAAGAACAAAAUGUUCAAGAGGAAAGUGAAUGACCUUGCCAUGGAACUUGAAAGCUGCAGAAAGAAGUUGGAUGCAAAGUCGCAGCUGUAUCAGGACACAGUGGGUGUCAAGAUUGCCCUGGAAGAACAGCUUGGUGAACUGCAGAACCAUGUUGAGGUUCUCAAUGCCGACAACGCGAAGUGCCAGAGCAAGAUGCAGUUUUUGGUACAAGAACACAGCAAUGUCCUCUCACAUCGAGAAAGCCUGGAGUGUCAGCUUAAGGAAGAGAAGGAAGAAAAGGCACUGCUGGAUGCGUGCCUGCGAAAGCUGGCAGAAAGCCUGUGUGCCCAGCUGGACUUGAACAACAUGUCAACUCUGGCAGUCAUCGAGGCCACAGGCAGUGCACUGCAGCAACUAAUACAUGAGUGCAGCUGCCUGCAUGACAAGGAAGUGCUCAAUGACACCACUAUGAGAAUGCUGACUGCUGAGAAAGACACUCUGAUGGCUGAGAAACAGGCCUUAGGAGAGAAGCUCAAGGACUUUAAUGAACUCCAGGAAAUGAAGCAGCAUCUGGAGAACGAACUGAAGGUUCAGGCGGAUGUCAAGAAAGAAAUGAUAAGAGAUUUCCAAGAGAGCCAGCGCAAAACUUUGGACUACUUGGACCAACUGGAACAUGAAAAUGCAGCGACUUUGUCUUCUUUGAACAAACUUUCAUUAGAUGCGGUGGCAGAUGCACUUGAACAUCGAUCAGACAUCUCUGAUGCAAUGUUCCGCUGGAGGCACAUAAGCAACAGGGUGUCUGAGCUCGACGACGAAUGUGUUCAGAAGGAGAUGGAGCUGCAGCGACUGAAUGGAGUGUGUUCAAACAAUGCCUUGACCAUUGAGGCCCUGAAGGCCGAGAAUGAACGUCUCUAUGAGGGCGUGACCAACUUUGAACAGCUUGCAUUGGCAAAUGCUGAUGAUCUAGCAGAAGCACAAAGUGAAAUUGCAUCACUCAAGGAGGCCCUAGCCGCAGCCAAGAUGGAGGCUGUUCCAGUGGAAGAGCGUGAAAAGGCUGUCCUACUGCUUCUCGAGAAGGAGACACAGGUUUCCCAGUUGGAAGAGAAGCUGAAGGAGAUGGAAGGCGCACUGUCCAACCUCAAGCAGGAAAAGGAGGCAGCAUGCGAGACUGCACAGUUUAUCAGUGAUGCCAAUGAGGACUUGAAGAAUGCCAUGCUGAGCCUCGCUGAAGAGCUUACCGAGGAGCGAAAACAGAAAGAGGACAGAGUUGAUAAUGAUGCACAAACAGAGGAGACCGAAAUGGUUGACUGUGACUUGCAGACUGAUGACAUAGCUGAAGUAAACUUGCAGCCAAAGGUUGAUUGCGAAGUGCAGACAGCUGACACAGGUGAUGAGGAAAUCCUGUCUAAGCUUGCAGGUGCACAACUUGAACUAAACCGACUGAAUCUGUCUUUACGCCGGCUCAACUUUGAGAAAGAAGCUGUUGACAAGAGCCACAAGGGUUGUGAAGGUAUGAGAGCAAGGGAGCAAGAAGCCCGUCUGGCCCUGGAAAAGAGGGUGGAGGAACUGGCGAACCAGGUAAUUGCGAAAGACAAUGAAAUGGACGAACAGCGAAAGAUGAUCAACUCAUUGCAAGCCUCUCUUGAUUCACAAGUGAAAGAAGCUCAAAAGCUUUCUAGAAGCACUAACCAAGCAUCUGCUGGACUGAAGACACAGAAUGAGCGCAUGAAGGCAGAAGUGUCGAAGCUGCAGCAGAAGGUUCAAGACCUGACCUGCGAGUUGAACACUUUGAAAGAGACAGAAGCACUGAAACGGGAGCGCAUCGAGCAGCUCUACAAGCAGUCCAAGGAGGAGAUCCAGUUUCUGAAGAAAUCAAGUUGUGAUGGGGCUCCAGGAACCCCGCUUCUCCAGGCUAUGACACCCGUGUCGCAGUCAAAACUAAAAUCUGUGCCAACAGCUGCCUCUGCAGAAGCUGAGCACAAACAUACAGACAAACAUAAGACCAUGUUCACUCCUGAGCCCACGGACACCCCAGUCAAGUCUAGCAUUUCAUGGACUGAGGCAAAGACUACGGUAGUGGCUGCACCGCUUUCUGUCGCAGAAGCAGCUGCUGACAAUUCAUCCGCUGAUUCCCUCUCAAAAUUGGUGGAUGAAAUUGAGAGGACGUCAUCCAAAGUCCGACUUCUGAAAGAGAGUGACACAGGGGGCGGCACCCACAAGGAAGAAAGCGCAAGCAAGCGCCCGGUAGCAACCAAGAUGUCGCAGCGGCGAUCCAUGGCAAAGCCCUUGACCAAAACGCCAAGAAGGAGCCCUCGUCAGCAUGUGUCUGAGAAAUCUGGCCGCAGCAUGGCAAGCCCAAAGGCAUCAUCUGACAAGGUGUCUGCUGUUGCUGGUGUGCAGAAGAGACCAGUGCAGCCAAGCAAGAAAGCAGAUGACACUUCACUUAUGUCUCAGGCUGACAUCUCGACAAAGUCGGCUGUGACUGCACCGGGUGCCAAAAAGAGGAAGUUUUUUCAGCCGAAAGACAGCGACUGGGAUGAUUUGUUCAAGAUCAGUUUGAUCUGAGCACUGGCUUGGCCUAGGGCAGGUUACAACUAGGCCAUAUUUCUCCUGUGCAUGGGUCUGCACAGGUUUUUUUUUAAAAUUAAUUUUACUGAGAAGUCUGCACAGGGGAUGCAUUUCUUUGUGUGGGCAUGCAUACUAUUUCAUUGCUCAUUGAUAUUUAUCUUGUAUUUUCAGCUAUAUUUUCUCUUAGCUUACAGUUGAUGUUUUAGCUGUUUGCCAUUGUCUGUUGGAAGCAACCAGCUACAUCGUUAACUGUUUAUAUCAUGCACUCGGUACAAGUGAGCAUUGAGUGUGUGAGACAAUUUCUUUUUCGCCACAUGCACAUAUAUUAAUGUGUUCAUAUUUUGUGCAAUAGUUGACUUGAUCAUAGAGACAAAGCAAGGCUGCUGUUCCUCAAACUUCUUCAUUUUCACAUUAUCAUAUAUUUCUAGCCUAUGAUGUAAGUUUUAAUGUUUAUAUUUUAUUCACAUUCACCCCUUUUCAGCUAGCUUACAGUUGGAGUUAGUUUAUCGCUUUUAAAUUCGGUCCAUAAAUUGCAAUACUAUAUUUCUUGUUUCAUUUCUUGUUUUCUUGUUUGUUUGAUGAGAACAUCAAAGGUCCAAUAAAUAUUUGUAUUGGCACAGUAA